CAAAAACAACAUUUUGUUUUGAUCUUUGAAUUUCAAAACAAAAACGCAUUAUUCGAAAUAUUCGAGAAAGAAUUUUGCUAUUUCAUUCUAAGCAAAAUGAGUGAAAUUAAAAUUGAAUUUGCCGUAGAAAUGAAAGGAGAACAUUGCGCCUGUAAGCUGCGUGAAGCUUUAAAAGGUUUGGGAGAACUAGAUAUAGAUGCUAAUUUGGGAAGAGUUAUAGUACAUACACAGGAGCCAUGGUUUGUAAUUAAGGAAAAAAUAGAGGAAACAGGACGCAAAGCAGUACUUAAUGGAUUUGGUGGCCAGUCGGCUGUUUCUAUAAUAAAUACCACCGGCAGUGAUGUAGAUCAAUGUCCCAUAAGGGGAGUUAUAAGAUUUACAGCGAUAAGAAAAGAUAAACCAGGUUUAGUAGUGGAUGGCGUUGUUGAUGGUCUCAGUCCGGGACUUCAUGGCAUACAUAUUCAUGAGACAGGAGAUGUUUCGUCUGGUUGUGAUUCUGUUGGUAGUCAUUAUAAUCCUAGAGGUUCACCACAUGGCUCACCGGAUGAUGAUAUAAAUAAUAGACAUGCUGGAGAUUUGGGUAAUAUAAGAGCAGAUAAUACUGGUCGUGCUACAUUCCGUUUUAUGGACAAUGUGUUAGAAGUGUGGGAAAUUAUUGGACGUUCUGUUGUUAUAACACAAAAUCCCGAUGAUUUGGGUAAAGGUCAUAAUGAACAAAGUCGUAUUGAUGGUAAUGCUGGUGACAGAAUUGCUUGCGGCAUUAUAGCUCGUUCUGCCGGUAUUCUGCAAAAUUUUAAGCAGAUUUGUGCCUGUGAUGGUGUAACCCUUUGGGAUGAACGUUAUAAGCCUAUAGCGGGUGGCAAACGAUCACAAAAACUGUAAAUUAAACAUCAGAAUGUUUAUGUUUUUAAGUAAAUAAUUUAAGAAAUAUUUAUACCAAAAACUAAUUGCUGUCUUCUAUAACAAUACUUUCAUUGAUGGCAUCUACUUGUAAGUUUCCCUUUUUAAUUUGUUGUAGCCUUUGUUUGCAUUUACUUUUAUAAGUUUGUACCAAUUUACCACACAGUAUCGGUGGUGAAAUGGCUAUAAGUGUAUGAAUCUUAAGAAAAAUAAUAUCAUUAAUUUAGUUUUAAAACUUAACUAUUUAUAAAAUUUUAUAAAUACCUCCAAAUAAUCAACUUCCAUUUCAUAAUUGAUGCUUUGCUCCAGCAAUGCUAAAAUAUUUUGAAAUUCUUCGGCUUUUAAGGAAAAUUUCAUUUCACCUAUAUUGGUUUUAUACCAAUCGGCAUAAUUGUUUAAAUUUUUUGUUAUAUCCAUGGUAUUGGCGGUGGCAGCUCGAGCAGUUAGCAGCAUAUGCAGUAAACUACGUUUGCAGGGUAUAGUAGCACAUUGUUUAAGGCGUAAUUUAAGAUAUUCUAGAAAUAUAUAACAAUAAAACUAUAAGCCACAAAAAAAAAA